CCUGGCGUUGUUGUGGUAAGGCCCGCCGGGGAGCACGUGUGUGGCCGGAGUCUGCUGAAGUUUACUUAUUUACCCCUCGUGCGUGGCUGCCGGGCUGUCGUGACGAUGGUGUAUUUCAUCUGCGCCACCUGUGGUACCUCUCUCAAGAAGAACCAGGUGUCUUCGCACUGGUUCAAAUGUCGGAGGGACAAGCACGUCUCCUGCAUGGACUGUGGCAAAGAUUUCUGGGGUGACGACUACAGCAACCACAUAAAAUGCAUCACAGAGGACCAGAAGUAUGGAGGAAGCAAUUAUGUUUCAAAGGAGAAUAAAGGAGAAAGAAAGCAAGAGGAAUGGGUGAUGAAGAUCAAGGAGAAGGUAACUAAUACCAAGAACAUGGAACCCCAGCUGAAGGAAUUGCUGGAGAGUAUCAUCCUCCACUCCAACAUCCCCCGAAAAGAAGUCAAGUUUAGGAACUUUAUGAGGAGCUCCUGCAGAGUGUCAAAUACAAAGCUAGUAGACAAAGUUUGGGAGAUUUUUAAAGAUGCCAACGCCAAAAAUGACAACAGCAAUAAUAGUAAUGGUGUGAAAAAAGAUGAAGGUGUAACUGAUGCAGAUAACAAAGUCAAUAAUGAAGCUGUUCCUCAGGCAUCCAGUGAGACAGGAAAAGCGGACGCUGAUGCAGUAAAACUAAACAAGAGAGAGAGAAAGGAAUUAAGGAAGGAAAAACAAAGUAAAAAAUCAAAGAAAGAAAAGCAUUCUGAACAUGAGAGUAAAGGAAAAUCUGGAACUAAGAGGAAGCUAGACUCCAUUGAAGAAGAGGAACCUAACAUGGAAUCAGCAGAGCCCAAAAAGAAAAAGAAACGGAAGAAAGGCGAUGACUCCUUAGAACAGGUCGUGGAAAUAGUCGAGGCAAAGAAAAAGAAAAAAAAGAAGGGAGUCAUUUCUCAAGAAGAGGUGCCUCCUCAAGGGACAGAGAACAAGAUCGAGAAUGGUACCAUUGCAACAAAUGGAAACCAUGUCUUGGAAGAAGCAAGCCCAGAAGAGCCACAACAUCCUGCACUAUUUAAGUGGACCAAUGCCAUAAAAAGGGUUCUCAAAGAAGCCCCUGAGGAAGGCUUGAAGCUCAAUAAGCUGCAGAGGAAGGUGUUUUCACUCUAUUACAGUGCUUAUGGGGAUGCUCCUAAUGUAAAAUCUAAGCAGGAACUAGUAGCUCUGUUGAGUCAUAAGUUAAACAAGAAAGAUAAAUUUAUUAUGGAAAAAUGCAGGGUCAAGUUACGUACAUAACAUGCCCUUUCAAGUAUGUUAAGACUGAGUGAUGGUAUAUCAUACUGCUGUCAGUGUGACAUGCAUCCUGCAGCUAACAGGAAACUGGAAAGCAUAUUUUUCAAUAAAUAGUAAUAACAUUCAUUUAGGAUGAAUAUUGUGGCAUGAAUGGAACUGCAAGGUUACCUGCUCCCUGUGGCCUUUUAUAUAUAUAGAUAUAUAUAUAUAUAUAUAUAUAUAUAUAUAUAUAUAUAUAUAUAUAUAUAUAUAUAUAUAUAUAUAUAUAUAUAUAUAUAUAUAUAUAUAUAUAUAUAUAUAUAUAUAUAUAUAUAUAUAUAUAAAGGUUGGCUAUUUUAUUUUACAUCAGGAUGAAUAUUGUGGCAUGAAUGGGAUUGUUAGGUUACAUGUUCCAUAUGGCCUCUUUUUUGUACUAAAAGGUUGCUAUUUUAUUUUACAUUCUCACACACCCCUUAUUUUUCCCACUAACAAGGAGUGGCUACUGUUGAGCAAGGGAAAUGGGUGUGUGAGAUCCAAGCAGUGGCCAUAGAUUGGCUAACAAGCUCCAAAGCUCUCAGGAGGAAACUGGGUUUUGAUAACUUCACAAGUGUGUUUACAGUGGCUUCUUUGUCAAGGAUAAGAACACAGACACGGAUGGGCCAUUCAUGUUUUGUUUUUUUAAAUUACCAUGUCAGCAGUCUAGCAGUGAAUGGUGUUUGCUUACUGUGUUGGAUAUUUCUCUAAAAUUUUAAGUUUAAUGUUAUUCCAGUAUUUUAAUGUUUUAUUGAACCAAAUGAAAACCUAAACAGAA